AUGUCUGAGCAAGAGGAAAAGUGCUUGCAACGUCCUGGGUUCGAUGGUAUUAAAAGCGAGCAUUUGAAAAUUAUAGCCGAGGACAUAACAGAACCACUCACUUACCUAAUCAAGAAAUGCUUUGAAUCUGGCAUAUAUCCCUCAAUUUUAAAAAAAGCAAAGGUUUUUGAAAAAGUUUUAUCUACUAGAAUGAUUCGAUACCUCAAAAAAUUCAAAAUUUUAAGUGAAAAUCAAUAUGGAUUUACAGAAGGGAAGGCUACAUCGGACGCAAUAACUAAAAAUGUAAAUCAAAUACAUCAAAAUAUUGAUAACAGAAUCCCUUCAAUCUGCAUUUUUGUUGAUUUAAAGAAAGCUUUCGACACAGUUAAUCACAAAUUAUUAUUAGAAGCAUUGGAGAGAAUUGGUUUCAGAGGAAACGCGUACUCACUGAUCGAAAGUUAUUUGUCAAAUCGCCCACAAUCUGUGCAGAUAUCAGGAUCAUUUAGUAAAGAAAUGUAUAUUAAGUGUGGUGUCCCACAAGGAACUGUCUUAGGUCCGCUGUUAUUCAAUAUAUAUUUAAAUGAUAUUUUCCAAAUUAAUUGUGUUGGCAAAAUAACUAGUUUUGCAGAUGAUACUGCAAUAUUAUAUGAAGGCACUGACUGGUCUGAUCUGAAAAAUGUAAUUGAAAAUGAUUUUAUCAAAAUUAUUCGGUGGUUUAACAGUAGAAAAUUAAGCAUUAACUACUCUAAAACACAUUUUUUACCAUUUGGAUCUUAUGCUAGACAUCUGCCAAAUUACACAAAUUUCUCCUUCAAUAUUAAUGAUCAAAAAAUGCAAAUUAAUAGAGUGCCCAACAUAAAAUACCUUGGAGUGGUCUUGGAUCAUCACCUACGAUGGGACAUCCAUGUCAAUUAUAUUUUAAAGAAAGUUAGAUUUGUAUCCUACAAAAUUAAAUACCUUGGGAAUAUAUUGACAGAAAAAUAUCUUCGAACAUUAUACCAUGCACUGAUUGAGCCUCAUCUCACAUAUGGUAUAUUAGCAUGGGGAGCUGCAUGUUCCUCACAUACCUAUAAUUUAGAUGUUUUUCAAAAAAGUAUUCUAAAAAUUAUAUUUAAAAAACCGAAACUUUAUCCUACUGAAAAAUUAUACGCAGAUGUUCGAAUGUAUGAUAUAAGACAGCUUUAUUUCUUACACAGUAUCACUCACUACCAUAAAUUUCGAUCAUAUCUCUAUUUAGCGCCUAAAUUUUAUGAUAUUAUACCUAAAGACUUAAAAGAUUUACGUUUCGGAAAUUGUUUCAAAAGAAAUUUAAAAAAGUGGCUACAUUCUAUAUCUAGGACUGAAAUUCAUAAACCAAUAAAUACGAACAUCAACUAA